UUAUGUUAGUUGGAGAAGCUGUGAACAUAGGCUAGGUAUGCCAAUUUCUAGUCAAAUAGCAGAGCGUACAAAUAAAUAUUUGCAAAGUGCUAGAUCAUCGAAAUCAGUCGACAACGACACAGAGGAGAUUGCUGACAAUAAACGGUUUGCUUCCGCGACUUGUUCGUCAUUCGGGCAGGAAUCCUGGUUGGACGAACCAAACGGGGAGAGUAACGCCUUUGUUUCGCCAAAAGGUGAAAUGCUGGAAGUUCAAGAACAGAAAGCAAUCGAAACUCGCACUGUCAAAGUCGGUAAACGUGUUUUUGAAGUUAACGUUCCGCAACAACCGACUGUGGUAGUUACCUCACCAGACCAACAUGAAAAUGGACCAGGAAAUUAUCCUAGUGCUCCAUCAUACCAGAAUCUAAAUGAAGAUAUUCCUAGCACAAGAGCUUUGCUUCCUGUCCCAGAAGAGCCAAUUGCGAGAAGAGUUCGGCGAAGAAAACAAAGAAGAAAUAUUCGUGCUCCGAGCUCAAUUAUAUCUUUGCCCAUGUCUUCGAUCACCGCGUUUUCUGGGUUUACGUCCGUUUCAACCACGUCUUCCAUUAGGCCGAAAAGAAGCAAAAUGAGCUUGUUUUUGAAUAGCUUUAUAAUGUUUGGAAGAGAAUUUUGUUAUGCCAUUGAAGCGAGUCUCACAACCCCUAUUCUGCUAAGUAUUGGACUUCCAAUAAACCUGUACAGUCUUGUGUGGGUAAUAAGUCCUAUUCUGGGAUUUGUUCUUCAGCCAAUUAUUGGAAGCUUCAGCGAUAAGUGCAAGACGCGAUGGGGACGCAGAAGACCAUUCAUUUUGAUUCUUGCAGUUUUGCUUUUGUUCGGGAUGACCUUCUUCUUGAACGGAGAACAAUUUGUGGAGCUAGUUGUCGGAAACCCAAAUGAUGUCGGAAGUCAGAAUACGAACGAAAGAUCAAACGUGCUCGCAACCAUACUGGUAACGAUCGCAGGUGUUGUUGUUUUUGAUUUUAGCGCUGAUUUUAUCGAAGGCCCGAUUCGCGCUUACGUCAUGGAUGUAUGUGAUGAAGAUGACGUCAAAAUCGGAUUAUUUUAUCAAGCUGUGUUUACGGGAAUGGGCGGUGCUCUCGGAUAUGCAAGCGGUGGAGUGUCAUGGGUUCGGAAUCUUGGUUUUGGUACAUAUUUUCCAUCAGAUAGACAAGUCGUUUACGUUUUUGCAGCCCUCAUUUUUAUCAUCUGUGUAGCGAUGAAUCUGACUAGCAUUCCAGAGAAAAAUCGGUUGAAAGAUACCAAAAUAAAGAAGAAGACAAUUUUUUCUAAAAAACGCCGCGGCGGAAAGGAUGUACGAUCGAGAAAACGACGAUUCCCUGAAAGAGAACAAAAGUACAUGGUAAUUGAAGAGGAAAAUCCAAGAAAAUUUGAUGCAAAUAACAACUUGAAAAGAUCGUCAAAAGACACCAAAUCUGCCAUAGAUCAUGACGUCAUUACUACCCCACAUACUUCAAACAUGAUAUCAUCACGCCAUAUGAAAUACAAAAUGAAGAGUAAGCAGAGAAAAGGUCGACGAAAAUCUAAGAAAACAGAUAAUGGCUUGUAUGGAAGCUUCGAACGCCCGGACGCGGAACAGAUCCAUGACUACUUGACGCAAUCCGGUUAUCAAAAUCAAUAUCAAAGUCUUCCAAGAGACUUUAGCGAAGAACAAAACACAUACCCAGCCAUGAAGUACAACACGCAUAAUGGAAAGGAUGGUGUUCCAUUAGACAACUAUGGUGAAAAAAUAAAGGGAGUUGCAGAUUUAAAAGGAAUGGCAUCGUGGGCAAACGAAUCUGCUGCGCUUCCAAGAAGUGGUACAAGGAAGCAACAAGAAAAUCGACGCGCCUUGCCUCAUCCGCCAACUGCACCUUACUAUUACAAUAAUAACGGAGUUAAUGGAAAAAUGAUAAACGUCCCGUCAGAUUCUGAUUCCUCUUCGGGAAGUUCCUUCUCCAACGAUUAUUCUCCAGUACGUAAAAGCGCAAAUAAGCGUGAAAAAUCAAGAACUUACACAGCAAAAAGAACAGAAAAAUCGAGUGAUAUUGUAAAUUACGAAGACUUUUCUGACCCCUACCGACCCCUGCCACACGAGGCGCCACGCAAGUAUCAGAAAAAGUCAAACCGUACAAGGAAGACGAGAAUCGCAGAAAUCAGGGACGACUUGGACCAGGACGAAGACUUGGAAUCUCCUUUAUUACGAAGUGAUUUCCAUGGUGAAGACGUGCCUGAAGAACGCGUGCAUGGUGCCAAAAAAAUUUGGAAAUCAAUUGUCGGAAUGCCUAAGGAAAUUAAGAGUCUUUGUAUCGCACAUUUAUUCGGAUGGAUGGCAUUCUUGUGCGUUGUUCUGUUUUUCACUGAUUUCGUGGGCCAAGAAGUGUAUGGAGGCGAUCCACUAGCACCUAUUGGAACCGAACGAGGAGAUGCAUACAAAUUAGGAGUUGAAAUGGGAAGCUGGGGAAUGACAAUUAAUGCAGUAGCAUCUUGCUUCUACUGCUUUCUUCUUAAGCCGAUGAUUAAGAGAUUUGGAGCCCGGCCUAUCUACAUGCUGGGAUAUUUUGCUUUCGCUGUGGGCGCGCUGGGAAUGGCAAUUUAUCCGAAUGUAUAUUGUGUCCUGAUAUUAUCGUCGUUGAUUGGAGUGAUGUCCGCAACAUUAUAUACUUUACCAUACUUCCUGGUGGCACAAUAUCAUGAAGGGUACAAGAAAUUCAAAGGUACUGCUCAAGAACGGGGUGUUGGCACUGACUGCGCUCUUGUGACGUGUAUGAUACAAUUGGCCCAAAUAAUCGUGGGACUGGGUAUUGGAGCUCUGGUCGUUUGGCUCGACACUGUUACAGUUACUGUUGUAGCAGGGUCAAUAAGUGGGUUCAUGGGUACAUUGUGGGUUACUUGGUGGGUCACAUACUAAAGUUUUUGCUCGUUACGGCAUCUCGUAUUAGACAUAUUUUAUCCACAUAUAACACAUCCUUCAAGAAUACCGAUCUCACCUACACACUCAAAAGGACUUAUGAUCAGUUUAUUUAUUAUGUUCUAAUUUCAAUUGAUCCUUUCACCCCUUCUAUUUUAUGUCCUUAACAAAAGUAUUGAUGAAUAACACUAAUAUGUUUGUACCAUAUUGUGUUGUUUUAUACUGAUAUUAUUUAAGUAAAGUUAUGUUUAUAUGCAAACUA